GAUGUUGUCCAUCUCUAUCGGAAGCAGAGGACAGCACAUUUACGAGAGAAUCACGAUUUAAAUUGUGUUGGCGAAAAUCCAAGGCGGAUACCAGUUGACGCAAAACGCAAUUUUCAGGCCAAAUCCAACGGCGACAACGCAUACACAUACCCACUCAGACACAAACGCGUGUCGAUACACACCAACACUAGCAACAGAAGUUAAAAGUCGUUGUAGCCAUCAUGCCACGAGGUAAGUAUGUUAACCACAAAGGCCGCAGCCGUCACUUCACAUCGCCCGAGGAGUUGCAGCAGGAAUCGGAGGAGGAGAGCGAACAAAGCAGCAGUGGCAGCGAGAACGAGAGCGGUGAGGAGAAGGCGGCCGGCGGAGCCUCCUCUUCGGCAAAGCCGAAGCAACAACAGUCAGCUCGCAAACCCGCAAGACCGGCACAAAAGUCGCGAAAUGCCGCAGGCAGCUCGUCCGAGGAAGACUCUGAGGAGGAUUCUGAAGAUGAUUCAGAGGCAGAAGCGCGUGGCGCCAAAAAGGGUGUAGCUUCACUCAUCGAGAUUGAGAAUCCUAAUCGUGUUACAAAAAAGGCCACACAAAAAAUCUCGCAACUCAAAAUUGAUGAGAAUGCACCGACUACCUCCACCAAGCCGGAGCUCUCACGUCGUGAGCGCGAACAAAUCGAGAAACAGAAGGCGCGACAGCGCUACGAGAAGCUACAUGCAGCGGGCAAGACAACCGAAGCCAAGGCGGAUUUAGCGCGUUUGGCACUCAUUCGGCAACAGCGUCAGGAGGCGGCAGCCAAACGUGAGGCGGAAAAAAAAGCAGCUGCUGAUGCCAAGAAGCCGGCGGCCAAGUAGUUACAAGCAUAUUUUGAUGAUGGAGUGCAGGGCUAAUGGCAAUUAGUUAGUUACAAAAACAAAAAUGAAGUAAACUGAAAUAAUUGUUGAGUAAAUGAUCAGUUUAAAUAGGGCAGCAAAAUCCCUUCCAAUGGGCUAUAUUGUAAACCUAUCGUAAACGUAAGCGAAUCACAAUUGUAAGUAAUGUCUAAAGCUCUUUAACUAUCAUUACAAUCCCAGUCCAGCUUCCCCAAAGUGAAUUCAGAUUUGUUUGUGAAAAGGCCUAAACGUGUUUAAUAUUUCAAGAAUUUUUUCUAACGAAGUUGGACUAUGCUGCCUGUGUUCUUUUGUUUAAAAUGUAUGCUUUCAAAUUUAAAAAGUUUAUUCAGGCAAAAAUUUGUAUACUGGCUUAAUACAUAUUUAUUUGGUUAAUUUUGAAGUCUAUUUAAGAAGUUAAUUCCUUAGUAGCUUUUUUAAAAUCCUAAUCUUUUGUAACUGAAAAUUAUAAUAAAUAAAUAUGCAUAUAUGUAUUUAUA